AUGACAAAAAUUCAUCUCGAUAAUGAAUCAGAGCUCUACAGAGCCAAAUCCGAAUUGUUCAAUGACAAUAAAGACGAAAGUUGGUUGUUAUUAAACUAUGUAGGUCCAAAAGAAAUUCAUUUUGCUGCAUCCGGUGAGCAUGUAGACCAAGCCCCAUCCUAUUUAGAAAAAGAUAAAGUUCAAUAUCUUUUAACAAGAAUCAACAAAAGAAACUACCUAAUCAAUACCAUUGGUGACGAUGUUGGUCUUAUUGAAAAAGGUAAAAAACAUUUCCAUAAGUCUGAAGUUGAAGAGUUUUUAAAACCAUAUGAAAUUAGCUAUACCGAAACUGAUUUUGCCAAAAUCAAUAAAAACGAUAUCCCAAGAUUCCAUUAGAUGGACAACCUUGUUUUUUAUUAAAACAAAAAAAUU